CAACCCUUCUGAACAGUUAGGCCCAACAAGAGGGGUGGCCCCACAUGGGAUUCUCCUUAAAAACUGUUUGAUCUCAUGGACUUAAGUAAAAUGUGUCUUCGCUUUUGAAAGGAACAUCCGAUGAUGAUUUGGCCUCUAUGAGUGCUGAGAGAAGAGAGCUUAAUGAGAAGAAGAAGAAGCCAUUUGGAAUGGGAAUUGAGGAACUGUAAUUCCUUCCAUUGAACUCUACUGGUUUCUUGAAGUUAUCAAAGGGACAAAGCAGGAAGAGGUGUUGUUAAGUGAUAACAGCAAGUUUUUGCAGGGAGGGGAGGAAUUUAAUGGAGAAGAGAAGUAAAAGGAAGGCCCAUUUUCAACCACCAGGUUCAGGGGUUCCUUGGAGUAGCAUUUAAGGCUGCCAUUAGGACUAUAGCUUCUUCCUCUUUCCCCUUCUUUGCUUCUCUUCUUCUUCUUUUUCUUCAUCUUCUUCUUCUUCUUCACAUCACUCAACCCCCAAAAGCAAUCAAAAGUUGAGGUUUCUAGAAAUGGGGUUGGGGCCAAAAGGGAGAUAGGUUUAUUAAGUGUUGGGUUUUGAUUUGGGUGGCUUUGCCUGGGGAGCAAUAAUGGGACAUGGGUCAAGGGUUCAGAUCUUCCUCAUCAUCUCUGUCAUCAUUUUCCUCCUCCUGUUCUUGCACAACGCCCACAUCCUCAUCUCCAUUGAUAAUUCAUUCAGUGCAGCAGAGGAAAAGCCCACUUUCAAUGGCUUCCAAAAGUUGCAUUCCAUAGAAUUCAAAGCUCUUGCUGAUGGGAAGGUCUCAGGGGAGGAUGAGAAAGGAGAAGGGAGGGAAAGAAGCUUUGUUGGGGAGGAGAAGUUCAGGCUGUUGCUUGGGCUGAAGAGGUUCUUUGUUAGAAAGCCAUUAGGCGGCAAUGCUGGAUUCCUUGCCCCAUCUCCCUCUCCUUCUCCUGCUCUGGCCCCUGCCCGGGUUCCGCGUCGGCAUUCCAAGCCUCAUAAACAGAACCACUGGAAACCCGAACCUCUGAAGCAGAGCAGCCAUGAAAAGGGCCAUGGCAGCAGCACCACAAGAACUCUCGUGGCAGCUCUCGUGCCAGCGGGAGUCGCGCUGUUGGCCUGCAGUAUCGGGCUCGUCUGGGCCUGCCAGAAGUUUGUAAAAUCUCGAGGUGGGCAGUCAAAGAGGAUCCUGGCGUGCCGGAAGAGAGGUAAUGGAGGAGGAGGAGGUCUUAGGAGCAGACUGAAAUAUGGGGGUUCCCGAAGUUCGGCGAGUAAUAAGGUCAGCUUCAACCCUGGAAUCGAUCUGCUCUACCUCGAGUCAUUAGGAGUGGACUUAGAGAGGCAGGGUCCUUCAGCUUCUGAGGGGAAUCUGCCCCACUUCAAGCUUGAGAGCAACUCACCGAUACAAGAAAGGGUAAAAUCGGUGUCAGACGACGCCAGCAUUUCUUCAACCAGGGAGAUUAUGUCCGUCCGUAACGAUGAGGAACCAGCUCUUUACCAUUCCGUUAAUGGCCGGUCUUCUUCAUCAGAGGAUAGGAUCAUUAUCAUUGCGAAUGAAAACCAUUCUUCCGACGAAGAAUCUUUCCAUUCACUUGGCGACACUCAUGAGCGCCUCUCAGUUGCUUCGUUGGAUAAUGUUAGUGAUAGCUCAGCAGCUCUUCCCCGAAAUUUGUCAGAGACAAGUUCUUCAUUCUCUAACUCGCUGAAGGAUCGCCUUUCAACUCCAGGUUGCAGUACUAGUGAAGACCCGAGCAACAUCGAACCCGGGAGUGAAAAAUAUGAGAAUCCUAUAAGCUAUCCGCCUCCAUCACCACCACUGCCUCCGCCUCCUCCUCCUCCUCCCCCCCCUCCUCCCCGACAUUAUUCUUCUGCUUCACCGUCCACGUGCACUGUUGGGUCGCCAAAUAAAAGUGUACCAUCAUCUGAGGACUCGAAUUCUUGUUCACCAGCAAACCAAGCUCCAAAAGUGGCUUCCAGGAGUCCGUCUGGAAUUCCUCCGCCUCCAGCCCCACCUCCUCUCCUGAAAGGUACAAGAAACGCCCUUAAGGGCCCAAGGCCCCCUCCUCCACCAUCCCAAUUUCCCGAGCCGCCACCACUUAACAAGGAUGGAUCACCACUACCGAAAUUGAAGCCACUCCACUGGGACAAAGUUCGGGCGGCACCAGAUCAGUCCAUGGUGUGGGACAAGCUUAGAACGAGCUCAUUCGAGUUGGACGAGGAAAUGAUGGAAUCCCUUUUCGGAUACAACCUACAAAAAACAGUGAAAAAUGAGGAUGGGAAAAGCAGGACGCCGUCCCCAACUAAGCACGUGCUCGACCCAAAGAGGAUCCAGAACAUCACCAUACUCUCAAAAGCCUUAAACACGGACCCAGAGCAAGUCUGCAGUGCACUUCAUCGAGGAAACGGGUUGAGCCAGCAACAGUUAGAGGCACUGGUCAAGAUGGUACCCACAAAGGAAGAGGAGGCCAAACUCAACGGCUACAAAGGAGAUGUGAAUGAGCUCGGGUCUGCCGAGAAGUUUGUGAAGGUGUUGAUUGGAAUUCCCUUUGCCUCGCAGAGGAUCAAAGCGAUGCUUUACAGGGAGACCUUCGAGGAUGAAAUACUUCAUCUCAGCAAUUCCUUCUCGAUGCUUGAGGAAGCAUGCAAGGAGCUGAGAUCAAGCAGGCUGUUCCUUAAGCUGCUAGAGGCUGUUCUCAAAACUGGGAACCGUAUGAACGUCGGGACAAUCAGAGGAGGUGCAAAGGCGUUCAAGCUUGAUGCCCUCCUGAAGCUGGCUGACAUAAAGGGGACAGAUGGGAAGACAACCUUGCUCCACUUCGUGGUCCUAGAAAUUGUCCGGUCCGAGGGAAUAAGGGUGUCCGACAGCAUCAUGGGCCAGAUCGAUCAGAGGAACAGGAACAGGACAGCCGAAGAGAAGGAAGAGGACUACAAGAGGAUGGGGCUCGACCUCGUGGCCGGCCUAAGCACGGAACUCUACAACGUGAAAAAGACCGCGACAAUCGACCUAGACGUUCUAGCAAGCUCCGUCUCAAACUUAUCAGAGGGGAUGUCCAAGCUUCAGGAUCUGGUGUCCAAAGACGCAGUUUCGUCGGAUGAGGAAGGAAAAGUGUUUGCGCAGUCUAUGUGGGCAUUCCUGGGGUAUGCCGAGAAGAGCCUGAGGAAGCUCAAGGAGGACGAGGACAGUGUGCUACUGCAUGUAAGAGAGAUCGCUGAGUACUUCCACGGGAACGUGGGCAAAGAUGAGACAAACCCGCUUCGGAUAUUCGUGAUCGUGAGGGAUUUCAUGGGGAUGUUGGAUCAUGUUUGUAGAGAGCUGAGGAGCUCCAAGGUUCCUAGCAGUCCUAUGGCUCCUUUCAGAUAGACUGAAUUUGGACAAUGGAUUUUGUUUAUUGCGUGUGACUGCUUUUCUUUUUCUUUUUUUUUCCUCUUUAAUUUUUUUUUUUUUGGUUCUUCCUAAUUUUUGGUUAUUUUUAUUUGUUUGUGUGUAUAAUUUUGGAUUGUUUCAAACGGAUUUUACUAACUUCAGGAAAUUCUAGUUUUAAUCUUCUCUUCAAA